AAGGCCCUAUUAUAUUGAGCCCCUAAUUAUUGAGAUUUAUUUUGGGCCCUAAAAUUUUAGGCCCUUUGUAUAAUGCAUUAUUUUUUGGCCCCAUUGAAGGGCCUUAUUUUAUUCCAAAAAUUCAUAGAAACUUCAUUUUCCUGUAGCACAAAAGCACAAGACUGUAUAUUUUUCCGAUCAGCAAAGCUUCGCCAGCACCGCCACCGCCACCGUCAAGCCAUUGCGCCGCCGUCGAAUUUUCUCCAUUACAAAACAAAGGAUUUUAAAACAUGGAACUCGAUUGAGAGUAGGUUUGUUCCUGAAAAGAGUGAGUUAGAUAUAUACUUUGACGAUGAAUUGAUGGAGCUGGAUGAAGAACACUCUGAAGAUUUUGAUGUACUUCUUUAUCGGAAGUUAAAUGAGAAAAAGUUUCCAAUACUCUCUAUAAUGGCACGUGCUGUGCUUAGCAUUCCUAUCACGACUGUAGCAUCUGAGUCUUCUUUUAGUAUUGGUGGACGUGUUCUUACCAAAUACAUAAGUUCUACUCUUCCAGAACAUAUCCAAAUGUUGAUUUGUACUUGGAGCUGGUUGUAUGGAUUUUCUGAAAAUAUGAAUGAUGAGGAAGAUAUCAACACUAAGGAUGAAUGCAAUACCGAGAUGACAAUGACUCAACAUAGAUUUGGAUUGCAAGAUUGAAGUGGAGAAUUAAUUUUAGUGCAUAUACUUUAAUGAGUUUGUUGAAUUGAUAUUUUUAUGCCUUUAACUAAUAUGUUUAUGGAUUGUAAUGGAGAUACAUUGAAUUGAUAUUUUCAUGUCUUUAAUUGAUAUUUUAGUGCCAUAUACAUUUUUUCUUUUUGAAAACAU